UUACGUUUCUGAUCGAAUCAAUGUCCCGUCAAACUAUCUGUCAGUUUGUGUCUCAAUCAAUACCCUGGACUUCCCAGAUGUGAGUGGAAUAAAACCAAACAUCUGCUUCGUUAACUUAGUCACCACUUGGUGGAGGAAAAGAUCAAAGACAGGAAUGCCUUUGGAACUGAGUGACAUCCUGUGCAGCCCAGUAUGGAUCAUCUCCACAGUUGUCCUGGGGCUGGUAGUGCGAUCUCAACGGAGGGGCUCUUGGAACCCGCGCGCGUGUAAAGUGGAGCUGAAGGGGAAAACGGCCAUUGUCACCGGUGCCAAUACAGGCAUUGGAAAGUUCAUUGCCCUGGACUUUGCACGGCGGGGCGCACGUGUGAUCCUGGCGUGCCGGAGCGAGGCCCGUGGGAGCGAUGCCUUGCGCGAGAUCCGGGAGCUGAGCGGGAAUGCAGAUGUGCACCUACGCCUGGUGGACGUGUCCUCGUUGGAGUCCGUGCAGGAGUUUUCCGCCGCCAUCCUACAGGAGGAAAAAGAGAUCCAUAUCCUGGUGAAUAACGCAGGAGCCUCAGGUUUGCCAAAAGGCAUAACAGCAGAUGGGCUGGAGGUUUCCUUUGCAACCAAUCACGUGGGACCAUUCCUCCUCACCAACCUUCUACUGGACCGUAUUAAGAGCUCAGCUCCCGCUCGCAUCGUGAACGUGUCCUCUGUCAACCACUGGCGGGGGAAAGUGGACUUCUCUCAUUUCCACGGCAAAAACCUUGUUUACCGCAUGGACGAAGUGUACAACCACACCAAGCUGCAUAACGUCCUGUGGACCAAUGAACUCGCCCGACGCCUCAAAGGCACAGACGUGACGGCAAACUCUCUGCACCCAGGGGUGGUGAUGACGGAAGUAAUGAGACACUACAGCUGGGUGGUGCGAUUCCUAUUCAACUUAGUUGGAUUUUUCUUCUUCAAGACCUCUGAAGAGGGGGCCACCAGCACCAUCUACUGUGCGGUAGCCGAGGAGACGGAGGGGAUCUCUGGGAAGUACUUUGACAGCGACUGCUCUCUGGUGCUGCCCGCGCCGACAGCUCGUGAUCCCGCCCUCUCCCUCAAGAGCUUUGAGUUUUGCGAGAGGCUGACCUCCAAAUUGUAACCUUCACAGACUUUACGACUGCUCACUCAUGACAUUCCACCUCCAGCUUCAGAGACUGAAAAUUAAACUAAUAGGGUCCUAAUUGAAAUGAUGGCAAAGUGCAAAAUGUCAAAUAUGAGGCAGUAUCUAUACGUAUUUGGUAAUUUAAUGCCAUAAAUAGGUGAAAACAUUGGUGGGUCAACUCAAUACUCCCACACAACAAACUUAGCAAACUUUAAACAAGCUUCGACAUGCCUUUUCUUUAGUAAUAGAAUCAUGUGGGUGAGAGUGCAUCUAGGCCAUGGUGAUGGAGUGUAUUGCCGAUUCUCUGUAACAAUUGUUCCUGUAUUUUGGGCUACUCUUUUGACUAUCCUUCUGACUCCCUGGUCAGAAAUCUUGCGAGGAGCUCUUAUGCUUGCCUGGUUGAUGAUGAAUUAUGUUCCCUCCACUUGCGCAUAAUGGCCGCAAUGGUGCUAACGGGAAGAUUCUGACAUUUUGAAAUACAUCUGUAUCCAGUUCCAUUGACAAUGAGUUUGUGAAGGUCUUGGGAGAGCUCCUUGCUUUUACCCAUCAUGAGAUGUUUCUUGUGUGACACCUUGGUAACGAAAAACCUUUUCAAUAUACAUACAUGUACCCAGCUGUAAUAAAUUUGCACAGAUGUUAA